AUGUCAACAACAUCUAAAAUCUUAGCAAUUACAGCAGUAGCAGCAACAGCCAUAACAGGAUACGCCAUAUACUUUGAUUAUCAACGUAGAAAUUCACCCAAUUUUAGAAAAUCAUUAAAAAAAAAUCAAUUAAAACAAAAAAAAUUAAAAGAAAAACAAGAAAAUGAAUCAAAACAAUCAAAAUUAGAAAAUGUAAAAACAGCAUUAAUGGAAGAUUUAGUAAAAAACCCAAUCCCAACAGAUUUAAAUGAAAGAGAACAAUUUUUUAUGGAACAAGUUGCUAUUGGUGAACAAAAAUCCAAAAGUAAUUCAUUAGAUGCUGCUAUAUGUUUUUAUAAAGCUUUAGCUGUAUAUCCUAAUCCAACUGAUAUCUUGGGUGUUUAUCAAAAAACUGUACCUGAAGAUGUUUAUGAAUUAAUUGUUAUGAUGGUUGCUAUUGCUCCAACUCAAAAUAUUUCAAGUAUAUUAAAUAAAAAUCCUGCUGAAAUGAAACCAACUGAAGAAGAUUUAGAUUAA